UUCUCUUUAUCUCUGCUCUCUCUCUCUUUCUCCUCCGUUCCUCUUCCCCGUUGCCGCUCGUCUCUAUCGCGCUCGGGGCAUGGCAGAAGGACGCGCGCUACCCCUCCAACCGAGGAGCGGGAUGCUGCUGGUGGGAUGAGCACCAAGUAGUACCAAGUCAUUCACCUUUUAUCCCAGUAACACGAAGUCGUAGCCGCGAGCGACGACGGACGACAAACUACAAUCUGCACGAGUACCACCGCGCCAGCGUAUCUAGGUAUCCGCGUGGGGCCCCGCAGAUAGGGCCCCGUGCUUUAAUUUGUAUCGACCGAUCAGAUACCGGCGCCGCGUCCUUUCAUCCCGUUAGAGCUGUCUCCUCCGAAGAUCCUCCAGCGCGACGUGCACGCGCGAGCGCGGCGUCACGAGCGAGCGAGCGAUUUUGCGACGCGCGUGCAACGACACGCGAGACUGGUUGUCGCGCUGCUUUAAAUCAGCGUGGAUGGAUCGCUUGAUCCGACACUUCAGAUUGCGUUCGGAUGAAAUAUUGAAAGAUGCGAUGAAAAUAGGCUGUCGCUGGCGAAAAAGGAGAUUUCGAUUUUCCAAGCUCGCUAUUACGGGUUCCUUUGCGAUUGCAAAAUUGGAAAACGCUCGCCGAAUGUGGUGAAAUUGUAUUAUUGGAUUUGUUUAAUCGUUUUGUGAUAAUUGUAUUGAAAUAUAUGUAGAUUGUUUAAGAUAACAAUGUGUAUAUUUAAUUAUUACAAGUGUGAGAUGUGCAUUUCGAGCGGAUACACUUGAAUUAAUGAAUUGGAUGCGGAUUCACAAAAACGCGUUUUACUGAUAUCUGUUAUUUCUGACAAAAUAAAUCUAUUCCAGUAAAUUUCUCAAGCGUAAAAUAAGCUAAUGCCGGCGACAAAGAUAACACUGGUCAGCUAAUAAUUCGCUUCGUUAUCGCAAAGUGGAUCAGAAAUUGAUAUAAUAAUAGAUUUAUAACGUAGCAUUUUUUGAAAGUACAAUAUUUUUACGUUACAAAUAUAUAUAAUUUUACAAUGCCAAACAACUUUGAAAAUUCUAGUAGUUCAUUAAUUUUCAGUAGAAGAAACUUUUCUUCUCGAUGGAAGCACAUAGAGCGGCUAGAUUUGAAGAUUAUUGUCUUCGUGAAUAAAUAGCAUAUAUAUAAAGCAAAUAAUUAUAAAAUAAUUAUUAUAUUACAAGUGAAAUAAUUAUAAAUAAAAUAGCUAUCAACUGUACAAAGUACCGCAACGCCUGCACACACAUGCGGUUUCUGAAAUGAUAACUCCACGAUCGAUUUCGCGUGAGGUCAAUGAAUCCAUCCCACCAUCUAACGCCACGCUAGAAAUAGUGUUAGAGGACGAUGUAAUAGAUCCGCCAACGCUUUUGAUACACGCAUACUUGAAAUUCGUAUUUCCACGUUGUACAUUACGAAGCCGAACUACAACAAAAUGACAUGAUUCGUAAGCAGCAGGCAUAAAGGAAAAAAAAUAAGGAAGAUGGAGGGAGGAAGAAGCGCAUCGGUCUUUGUACAAAACCGAAAUUAUUAGGAAGAAAUAAAUUAUAUUAACAUUCGCGUGUAAAUCACACGUGAUUUAUACUCUUUUGAAAAAUCUUAGGCACUCACUACUCUAUCUCUUUUACGACCUACCCCUCUCUCUCUUUUACGACCCAUAUAUUUUACAUCUUCUAGAACUCGAAGGAGACGUUCCGCUUUCUCAAAGAAGGUUGACAUCUCAAAGACGUCAAAGGUUUGAAAUAUUAAUUAUUUACAAUAACUUCGAGUUCGAGAAAGAAUUUCAUCCAUUGUCAGUCUAGUCCAGAUCCUUAAAAAUUCCAUCAGGCCCAACCAUAGUGCCCUCCUCUUUCGAAUUUUUCCCUCUUUCUUGAUAGACCCGGCGAAUCCCACUUUCCUCCCCACGAAAGGUCCCCGUGCAGAAACCCGUGGGGGUUGGGCCUGCCACCGAACGAUAUAUCGGGGGAAAUUUUCCGAAAGCUCGUUCGGAGUGCCAAUUGUCGCUGUAGCCGGCAGCGACGGCCAAUCGGCGUUGCCCCUGGUCGGACAGGUGGGGGCCAGUCGAGACUUAAGCGAGGCCACUCGCCGUGGAGCUGUCAGAGCUCUGUGGGGCACGGUCACGCACACAGCAGCUGGUUUUCCGGUGGCAUCCAUCACGUCGAAUUGUCGUCUUCGCGCACGGUAUUCUUCUCUCGCGAUAGUUGCUCCCCUAAAUCUCCCCCCUUUUCUCACCAUACGGUCCGCUCGAAUUUCGGCACUUGGCACCUCACCUUUCACUCGACGUUCCAUUCGCAAGCCGGCAAUUUUCCAGCAAGCACACACUCGACGACAGCCGCGCUUCAAAGACCGAUUGUCAGCGGAGACAAUUGAAGCAUCGCAAGUGCAACACCUGCAACGCUCCGGUAAUUCUCGAAGGGAAGUCGAAGCAAAGAAGAUAUGGAUUCCCCAGUGUUGGACCCCACUGGUCUCUACUGAAGACGUUUCUUCAGCACGAUCUCGAGCUACUCAGCUACGGCGCUUCCGCUUUCGGUAUUGUUGAAGAUUAUCAUUACCGUCGACAUGGCAGCAGGAGGACCAGGAUUGGACCCCACCGGUCUCUACUGAAAGUGCCGGCGAGUGCCUGCGUUCCCGUCUGGAGAAUCAUUCUUCUCGCAUUUCCGUAUCGUCGCCGACGGUGUUCUCCAUUCUCGAUAUUAUCUCCAUUAUCUUGCGAUCGAAAUUGUGCGCCAUGGCAGGACUCGAUCCGACCGGUCAAUACUGAGCAGGUGAGGGAAGGUCGAGGAAAGGAGCUUCCGGAAGGAACGAGGAAGUAGCGGGGACUCGAGAGAUACUUCAAGGCCGCGACAUGGCUGCUGUCGAUCUACCGACGCUCGAUCCUACCGACGAGUACUAAGGUACUCUGCAGGAACGGAGGGAACUCCGGAACUCGCGGCGGCAUUAUCCUUGUGGUUUCUUGGUGGAUCACGAUGGAGGAGGCUGUGCGGGGAAGAGAGGAGAUCUCGUCCACCAACCUGAGGAGACGCUGGAUCAUCAACAUCCGCAAGGGACGGCACCGGACACGCGUUCGGCGCGGACGUCAAUGAGGAGGAGGGUGCCGAUUUCAUCCGCGUGCAUGGAGCCAACCGACUGCCGUUUAAUGACAACAUCAAUAGCAGCAACAGUUGCAGCAGCACCGCAACCUUCACAACCUCGCAACGGGACAGCAUGCGAGGACUGUGAGGCCACCAUGAAUCAAAAACCAGUGACCGGGAUGGAUACUCUACACUGCCAUGGAAAUCCGCCACCUAGUCGCUUCCCCCUCGUCAUCGUGCCGUCCGGGGUGGUGCGACGUGACUUCCGGAAUCUAGGACUUCCGGGAGCGCGGUCGUGCCACCUCCCCGUCGCGGGACGUCGCGGUUCGCGACGAAGCUGUUCCUUAUUUAUUUCCGAGCACUUAUUUGGCCACACGCGGAAGAAACGCUCGGCGAUUAGCGGCUACAGCCCUAUUUCGCCGACAAAUUGGCACCAGCCACCGAUGGAGACGUUUGCGCGCCCAAACGUCGUGGCGUUACCGUUAUCGUUACGAUACCACCGUUAUCACGACUAACACGGCCGCCGUUACCGUAUUCCCCGUCCGUUACCGAAUGCCGACUUUGUCACAUUGUCGAGCAUCACGCGUGGAUCGGGGAAACACGAAUCGGGAUGGAGCUUGAUCGUUCAGCUACUUUCGGCUCGACGUCUUACGAUUCGUAUUAUUGUGUAAAUCGUGUAAAAUUACGCGAGCGCGCGAUAACGGAACGUAAAGCCACGAUUAUGAUGCCCGUUGUAAUCGAUUUUAAUUAGAUUCCUAUGGAAUUGCAUAAAUUCAGUGAUUGUCCUCUCACUGCCAGAAAUACCGCGCCGGGGAGCCAGGGAGAAGCCAAGGUAUCGGCGGACUCCGCUCGGACGGGUAUACUUUUAUCCAGCGACGCGAUUGCGAGAAUUCGAGAAAUCGCUAGAAACAAAAACCUUAAAAAUUGUAUCGCGUUCCGCUCUUUCGAUGGAAGCCGAUCGUUCAGACUCGCACUGAAGUUGAAAAAAGCGGCGAUUUUCUCCAAGACUGAACUGCUCCGAGAACGAAGACCGUUACUCGCGCGGCAGAUACGCGCGGAUCAGCGCCCGGCGUGCCGUUCGGCGGGUGCCCUCGCCUCUCGCGAUCGAUCCAUCGCGAGCGCACCUCGGCCCGCUCGGCGCCGUCAGGAAAUGAUCGCGCGCUGUGCGUGCACUCACUGUGCGUCGGUCGCGCAUUGUUACACAUAAUUUCUUCCCAUCGGCCGUGUUGUAAUGCGCGAUCCGCGCGUUUCGAGCCACGACGGCCGCGCGCGUACUUUGCAUUCCUUACAUACGCCGAGCCGCUCGGCGCUGCGCGUGAACUCGCGCUGCAACUCGCGCAUACGACAUCUGCAACACACGUACACGCACUGACACAGAUAUGCAGACACAGACAGAGACACUCAGACAUCAAGCGUGCUCCUUCGUGAACCGAAGCGCGUGUUCUACACUUACGUAUAUGUGUACGAGUUACCGUAUUUUUUUUAAUUACCAUUACAAGCGAUUAGUGCCUAGGUAAACUUAGUAUUAAUUACGAAGUAGAACGGAAAAAGCGAUGUGAUAAAGAGAUCAGAUUACUGAUUUAUUAUCGCGUCUCUUUUUUACCAAUCUUAUUAGUUUAGUCUCUUAUUAUUGCACUAUCGCAUUAUUAUAGUACUUUCAUUAUUAUUAGUUUUCUUAUUACUAGUAUCACCUUUGUUUUUCCAUUUGUUAAUCAUUAAGUGUUCAAGGAGUGUCUCUCUCUCGCGUGUCUCAAUCGGGUUCACCGUGUUUCGUACCGAGACCGGAACACUCCGUGAAUGCGAGGCGACGAGCGAGAGAGGACGCCCAUUUUUAUACUCUUUUUUUUUCUCUUCGAGCGAGUAAAAGAGGCACAACCUGCGCGUACGUACGAGGAAUGGAUGCUAGUGUCCUUUUCCUUUUUUUU